GUAUGGAAAGUUUUAAUAGGAAUGGAGAAGUACUUUUGCACUGAUUUAAAAACAGGAUAAUUAAGGACUGCUUUAAAAUAGUACAAAAAAAUCGAUACAUGGUAUGGGAAAAAAUAAUAAAAUCGGUAAGUUACACUAUAGGUGACAUAACUACUUAUGUGACAGAUGGGUGAAUUGAGGCACAGGGCGGCUUCGGCCCCAGGCCGCCGAGAGGGAAGAUUCUGGGGGACCCAACACCGCGUGCGCACGUGAAAACCGCCGGGGACACUCCGGCCCCUCCCGCCUCGCUGCCGGGCGAGCGAGCCGCGGCCACGUGAUGUGGCUUGUCCAUCACCGCGGAGGGCGGGGCCGCGGGGCCGGUCCUCGCUAUUCUCCCGGUUCUCCAGUCGGGAAAGAGGAGCCGUCACGGUGGGCGGGCUCGCCCCGCCUUCUCCGCGGCGGCCGCCCAGUGCGGGGCGGGCCCAGCCGCCGCCACCCUCCAGUGGGGUCCGGGUGAGCCCCGACCGGCUGCAGCGAGAGGGUGAGGCGCACGUCACUCAAGAGCCUCCGCCAAUGGGCAACGCGCGCUGCCCGCGGCGCCCGCCCCCGCAUCGGAUUCCCGGCGCGCGCGUAGCCUUCCCUCAGGCCGCCGAGGCGGCGCCCGCCCGCGCUUCCAUCCGGGUUCUCGCGCGCUGCUCUCCGGGCGCGGCGGCGGCGGGCCGCGGUGGGGAAGGCCGGACCGUUCCCGCGGCGGCGGCGGCGGCGGCGGCGGCGGCCGGAGGUCUUCUCCGCCAGCCUGAGGGAACCAGGAUUACGAAGGAGAAUGGCUUCCUGGCGAACUCAACUGUGAUUACAACAUUCACCGUGGAUGUCCUCUUCACUGUGGGAUGAGGUAGUAGGUUGUAUAGUUUUAGGGUCACACCCACCACUGGGAGAUAACUAUACAAUCUACUGUCUUUCCUAAGGUGAUGGAAAAGUCUGCAUUCAUGUGGUUUUAUAGAAGAUCAAGAACUAACUGUAGUGUUUUUAAAGUGUAACUUGCCUUAAAAGGCAUUUAUUUAUAAUGUGCAUGUCUUUUAGUGAUUAAAAAAAUUAACAAGUAUAAAAUGGGAAUGGGACAAAUUUUUACUUACAUGUUUUCUAUGUCAGUGUAAAUGAGGAUUUAAUUUUGAUUGAUGCUGAUAAUGAAAUUAACCUUUCUUGAAAGAGAUUGAUGAUUAUUCAAGAAGAAAAAAUUGCUCUAUCAGAGUGAGGUAGUAGAUUGUAUAGUUGUGGGGUAGUGAUUUUACCCUGUUCAGGAGAUAACUAUACAAUCUAUUGCCUUCCCUGAGGAGUAGACUUGCUGCAUUGUUUUUAUCUAGAGGAUAUUAAAAAACUUAGAUGAAUUUUGACUUUUUUGUUUUACAGAUAAUUUCCUCAAUGUGCAAUAAACAUUGUCAUGUAACAUUUUUAGUGUUCAUGUUUCAAAAAGUUUAGACAUAUCUGAAUGGGGAAAGUAAGUAUCUAGGACCAGGCCUGUUGGGAUAAUGAAUUGAUUCAUUGCUCUACAUUUGUGUCUAGGGAGAGAUGUCUUGGGUAAAUGGACAUAGCAAUUGGAAAGGGAACUUCUGGGCUAGAUUGAAAUCAAGUUGCUUAUUUCCAUACUUAGAAUGCUAUAGGUAUUAAUACUACUUUAUUGGUAUGUUGGUUUGGAUAGACUUUACUGGCCAACAAAAAGGAAAGAGGGGCUCUGGCUUCUGCCCUUGCUCUGCUAAUACCUUGGUUUUGCCCACAAAACAAAAGAAUCACCCAAAACACAGGUGGCAAAGUCCAUAAUUGUAGCUUUAAGGAAACAUGAGAGGGGUGUUAGAAAAGGUUAUUUGAAUGUUAGCACCAUCAAUGGGCUCAUGUCCCAACUUUUUCUAGUGAUCAAACUAUCUGGGGCCUUUUAAGCAUAGCCAAAAGCUCCAGGUUUUAAGUAUUUGCUGUUCAAAUUAUUUGGAGUGAAGUAGGGGAAAGGCAGAAUGUGGAAGGCAUGAGCAAUUAUAAUAUUUGAUUAUAACUGCAAAGCAAUGUCAUAGUCAGUAUGAUCUUUACAUGAAACAAACUGUCCUUUGAGUAAGCUCAAUCCAAGUGAGUAUCCUUGAACCAGACUUCAACUUUUUAUUUAAUAUCUGGCGUAGACAGGCACUUUGGAAAAUUGGUCUUUGUUCUAAAUUUGAUGUAUAAAACAUUGAGGAGCAGGGGAACUUACACAGCUAAUUUAAUAAUGCCCCCCAAAAAGUGGAAAUGUUUUAAGACAUUCUUUUUUGCUUAAUCUUAAAUUGACAAUAUGUAUGACCCAUUGGAUGUGUUGCAAGUAGCUGAGGAAUUUUGUGGUUUUCUGCUCCUUUUACCAUGGAAAUCUACUAGUUUAUAGUUUUGAAAUAUGCUGGAGUAUAAAGUGCCUGGAGACAGCACUUUAUAUUUUUGUUAUUAAUUGCAUGAGGUCUAACAUCCUUCAAGUAGAUGGAACUUGGAGAACUGGUGUAUUUUGUAAAACCACUUAACAGUGACUAUUGAGAGAUGAUUUCUUAAAGUUGGUCUUGCUAGUGGCAAAAGUCAUGACCAGAAUUUGCUUCUGUUUAAAUUCAGGCAUCAAAAAUUGAAAUAAUUCCUUGGGUCAAUGGAGAUGCUAACUAUAAGUGAGAAGCAUGUGGCCUAUAUAUGGGACAAGCUUUAAGUUCAUUUGUUUCAAUUGAUAGAUCACAAGCAAGAUUUAUAUAUAUAUUAUCAGGUAAUUUUCUAGUUACCAAGAGGCCAUUUUGUGAGACUUUAUUUGAAUUUUGAUAAUUGUUUUAAAUGUAAGUGACUAGUAUGCAGUGGCCCGAGUAUUAGACUUGUUUUUUUUUUAAAAUCCUCAUUUAAUUGGAUUUUAAUUUUGUAACUUAAAUUUGAUUUUUUUUUUUAAUUGAUGCCUUUUGGCUUUUGCCAAGAUCAGGUGGCCAAGAACUUUUAAGAACACCAGUGAAAGAAGUCUUAAGUGGUUGAAUUUUGAAGCGACUUAAAGGCCUGGGUUAACGUGCUUGAAGCAUCUGCCACGUAGAAGACCAGCAAGAAUAAAAUGGGUUCCUAGGAAGAGGUAGUAGGUUGCAUAGUUUUAGGGCAGGGAUUUUGCCCACAAGGAGGUAACUAUACGACCUGCUGCCUUUCUUAGGGCCUUAUUAUACCACCGUACCAUUUCCUUUCUGCCUUGACUUGGCGUAAGAGAGUUCUUCCUGCAGGUAUUCUCGUAAGUGGAAACAGUGCAGGCAUCCUGAAGACAGUGUUUGCACUGAUGAUUAGUAAACAGCAGCAUGCCACCAGUGUCCAUUAUAGUCAUCUAAUGAGAAAUUGAGAUUUCCAAAGCUGUUUAUGUAUCUUAUAUUUGGGUCAGUGGGAGGUUUUGGAAAGCAGCGUUUUCAUAUUCAUCUUUUGUUUAAUUUUCUUUGUGACACGGAGAGGUUGGCUAUUCCUGUAUUAUAUUUGAAAAAGCAUUUAACAAAACGGGAUAUUUGGUUUUAAUACUGUAAAUAUGUAAAAUUUAUGUUUCCUGUAUAGUGUGGGAAAUGUUGCAUUGGAUGGCUCAUUAUACAGCGUGUAACUUGACAAUAUAAAUGAAAAUAGUUGUUAGGAUAGUAGACUAGCAUUUUCAAUAAAAAUAUGACAUACUUUAAAA